AUGUUUCCCUGGACCGUGAAACUGUACAGAGUUGACGAGAGAGGUAAAUUGGGUCUCUGUACUGGGAGCUUGAUCUCUGACAGGCAUGUGCUCACCGCAGCCCACUGCGUCUACGGGAAAGACUACGUCAGCGGAAUCGUCGUUUUAUUGGGAUCGGCCAGUCCUCACCCCCGGUCUCACGACACGGUCAAGCGAACAGUGUCAGCCAUACGAAUGCACGACGGCUACACUCGAGAAGGCUUAGUGCGGGACAUCGCUUUGCUGUCUUUAUCGAAACCUGUGCGAUAUGGAGCGACCCUCAGACCUGUGUGUCUCCCCGAACCGCGAAUGGGUGACUACGCGUGGGAGCAGGCUGUCGUAGCGGGACAUGGUGUCGCUGGAUAUAAAGGUCAUGGGAAGUCGAAAAAGCCAAAGUUCCCGAAUACAUUGCAAUACACAGAAGUGGAGGUACAGGGCGAGUUCCGCUGCUCUUUGAUGUGGGCUCGGUACGGUCAGUUCAACUCGGAGUACCAAAUUUGCGCCAGAAAAGGAUACCAAGGACCGUGUGGGGGAGACUCUGGAGGCCCUCUGAUGCACCGGUCGGGCCGGUCGUACAGGAUGUACGUCAUCGGCAUAACGUCUUACGUCAAAGGACGCAGCUCGACAAAAUGCCUGACGAAGUACGGCGGCGUCUUCGUACGAGUGUCCGCGUAUUAUGACUGGAUUAUGGAGAGCCUCCACCAAGACGACGGCUGGGUGCCCGCUCGAUGCGAAAGCCGCAGAAAACAUGAAUCUUGCAAACUGUAUUAUAAAAUACUUCAGCUUUUAAACAUGUACUAA